AUGCUGGUGCACUACAAUGGCCUGAUAAUGACUUAUGCCUCGGUUCUCUACACUAUGACGAUUGGAGACGAUGCUCUCAGGUCAUACUCUUCAUCCUACGAAGUAUCGUCUUCAGUGGCAAAGGCCUUGGCAGGAGUAAUUGCCUCUUCAUCGAGCAAAGCCACCCAUACCAGCGAAGGCUCAGGCAGAGCCAGUUCAUCGGCGUCCACAAGGGCCAUUGCUGGUGGAGUUGUCGGAGGCUUGAUUGGUGGUGCUGCUAUCACCGCUACAGUCAUCAUUUCCUACCUUCGCAAGAAGAAACGUCAACAGAAGCCAGACGGUCUCAAGGGGAUUCCUGCGUUGGAAAAGGAGCAGCAACCAGUUCCUCCCACUGAAGUUGAAGCGAACGAGCUAUCACAUAGUAUGGCAGAGGCGCCGGGGAGCGAUACCAAUACGGUGACAGACGAGAUGGAUUCUAAAACCUUCAUUGCAGAACUGACAGUUCCUAAUGAGGACGCUUCGGAACACAAUUACAAUCCGAAGUGA